CCCGGAACAUCGCUCUUUUUGAGGAAUCUGAAGAUUGUUUUGUUCAAAUCAUCGUCGACGUCACACGUUGAGGUCGACAGUGGUGGCCAGGGACUGGCUUGGCAUGCAAGGAUCCUCAACACCUGCCAAACGUGUCUUAUUCACCACUUCCAUCGAAUCCUCCAACCGCGCUUUGUUCAUUCUGCCUUGUUACCAAGAAGACGUGAACUUCGCGUUGUGUUGCCGCCAUGAACAUCUUCCGGUUACUAGGGGACUUGUCCCAUGUUCUGUCCAUUUUGAUUCUGCUGCAAAAGAUGCGGUCCUCUAGUAGCGCUUCCGGCAUCUCGUUCAAAUCCCAGUUCCUCUACCUGCUCGUUUACGUUACGCGGUACAUUGAUCUCCUCUGGACCUUCUACCAGCCCUCGUCGCUCUACCUCACCGUGUUCAAAAUCAUCUUCAUCACCACUUCUGCCUACACCGUCUACCUCAUGCUAAACGACUAUAAACCUACCCAUGACCCGAACCUCGACACAUUCAAGGUGCAAUACCUGUUGGGCGCCAGCGCUGUCUUGGCCAUCUUGUUCCCGUACAAGUACAAGUUUGUAGAGAUACUGUGGACUUUCUCCAUUUGGCUGGAAUCCGUCGCAAUCCUGCCCCAACUUUUCAUGCUGCAAAGAACUGGCGAAGCGGAGACCAUCACCACACACUACCUGUUCGCCCUCGGCGCAUAUCGUGCGCUGUACAUUCCCAAUUGGAUUUACCGCUACUUUGCCGAAGGCCACUGGGAUCCCCACUCCGUGUUUGCGGGCAUUGUUCAAACGAUUCUGUACUCGGACUUCUUCUGGAUUUACUAUACCAAGGUCAUUCAGGGCAGAAAGUUCAACCUCCCUGUAUGAGUAUGCGCGUUCAAGAUGCAGCACAUCGCGCCGUCGUUUCUCUCGAAGCCAAGAUUCUGGUCUCGAGUAUCAUGUUCCCUUGUAUAUAUGUCCUAUACUGAAGCAUCUGGAGGUUACUUGUAAUGACACAGUGAGCCGGCGUUUUGGUUCGAGCGGCCCAUCGCGUCAGUCUGUGAUAGACCUUGUCAGGGCGCUGGCGUGGGGUUACACGGUGGAGUCUGGGAGCUAAUCGGUCGCAACGGAUGUCAUGAUGAGAAGCAGUUGUACUAUGAGUAUGCAAUCGAAACCAUCUCGGUUGGUUCUGGCCUACCCCAUUGUUCU